CCAGGUUGAUCGGGACCUCGACCUUGGGACCCUGCGAAAAUCAAAAGGCCCACUCCACUCACGGAUCAGUGAGUAAUGUAAACACGAUCAAAUUCUCCAGCCAAACAGCAUCGUCGCUUCAUGCUGCACACGCUGUCAGAGUUUGCUGUUCAGCUUUCCACUUCAUAAUCAUCUCCUCCACAGCUAAGGUAAACCUGCCUCCUGUGGUGUUAGUCGACGGUACGCGCCAAGACUAAUCAGGUAGUCAAUCGCCACCACCCGGCGCAUCCCAGCCCCAGCUUUUUGAACGGAAACUAAACAGACAGCUCCUCCAGGACGGGCCAGGCCGAAUCAUCAAAACAACAACAAAUAAAUGUUUUCGUUGAUCCAACAGCCAUCAUGAUGGCUCCAGAUAGACGUCGUAGAAGCCCCGAGGGCUCCAGUAUCAGCAGAAGACGCAAAGAUCCACACGCAGAUUACAACGAGUCACCAAGAAUGCGCGCUACGCCUCAAUCAUACUCAUACUCCUCAUCCUCAUCGUCAAGCUCAAACUCUAUCGUCGACAUUUCGCACUCCUUUCCCCCGAAGCGCUCUGGCAUACGAACUUUCUUCACGGCCCCAUCAGAGCGGCGACUGCGCAAGCGGAGGAGCAGUCGUUUGAUGAGAAACAAUAACUCCUCCUCGUCCUCCGUGAACAGCAAUCCAGACCUGGCAUACGGCCAUGGAUAUAUCAAGCGUCCAAAACUUCGGCGGGUGCGGUCUCGAACCGGGAGGGAGAUUGAUCGAGAAAAAUAUGGUGAUAGACACAACGAGAGACACUAUGAGAGGCAUAGCGACAGAUAUAGCGACAGGGAGGGAGGAAAGUCGCGCCACAAUGAGAGAACCAGAGAAAGCACUGGGAGUGGCAGUGCUAGUGGUCGAGGAAAGUUGGGAACCACAGCCGAGAUUCUAGCUGUCGGAGCAGGCCUCAGAGCCAUUGCAUCAGAACAGAAUAAGAGAGAUUUGCGGGAGGCACGAAUGGGCAAAAAACCGGAAAUGGCUGCUGUCAGAGACAACAACGGUCACACUUAUAUCGAGAGUCGCGGAAUUGGAUCUUCGCGGGUAUCACAUGGACCGGACGAGGACGGAUGGGAGUCUGCUUCGGAUUCCGAGUCUAGUGUUGAUUCCAGACUGGCAUUCGGAAACGAUACAAAGGGCGGAUGGAGUUUCUUCGGUAGGAAGAAGCACAAGCCGAUGAGCAGAAAGAGCAGCGUUGUUGAUCCUCGAUUAUUUGGACCUGCAAACUCACUCCAUGGCGUGGUCACUCAACCUGUCGGCUUUGGGGAUGUCUCCUGGACCUCGACUAGCGACUUCGGUGACCAGCGUGAGGUAUUUCAGCAAGAAUCAUAUUCUAUCAGACCUCAGCAAAGCCAUAGCAGCUCUAUGUCCCAGGUUCCUCUUCAGCAAGUUCCCCCAAUGCCAAUGUCGGAGAGCGAUAGGGGCGAACCUCCCCGAUACACCUCAGAACCACAAUCCUACACCCCGAUCAGACCGGACCCUGUGCCCAUUCAGAUCCAACAUCCCAAACCUUUCACCCCUGUGUCCCAGAGCGUCUAUGAGCCAAUUUACCCUACCAGGUCUGAAUCGGGCGGCAUUCUAAAGAAGCCGCCAUCAUCUUCUGGCCGCGGAAAGUCUCUUGCCGAAGUGGCCGUUGCUGGGGUAGCCGCCGCUGCUAUUGGUAGCAUGAUAUCGUCUGCAAGAGAUGACCGCAAAGAUAGACAACGAGAGGAGGAAAUUGAAGCUUUCGAGAGAGACCGUAUCAGACCUCGUGAAAGUGAGAAGCGAGAGACGAAAGAUGAAGGACGACGAGACAAGCGUUCCAGUCCGCCGCGUGAAGACCGCAGAGACAAACGUCGGGACAAGGACAAAGAUGAGACUGAGGAACGGCGUCGAGUGAGGAAGCGAGACGAGCGUCGAGGAGAGACACGUGAUGAGAAAGAGGAGAGACGCGAGAAGCGACGUGAAGAGCGACGAGCUGCUGAACGUGCGGAUGAUAGAUUCGACUCACGCCGCACGAAGAGCGAGGCUUCUGUCUCAACUACCUCCGUUGACCCUUUCCAAUUCCAGGUCGAUCAGAAUGCUUUCCCCACCCCAACGAUCGAAGCUUCAUCGGGCCAUAAGCGAAUCGAGUCUGUUCCCACAGUUGUGACGGUUGAGCGAGAGCCAGACUUUUCACGUAAGCGGAGCUCCUCAAUCAAGGACCAAUCUUCCGCUCCAGUAUCUGAGCCACGGGGAGACCGUUCAGGCUCUCAGAAGGCCUACUCCGACUGGGAUGAGCAAGAACAGCGCUACAGGGGAGGAGAAGUGCGGGAUCGUGUUCUUCACGAUGCUGAGGCUACGAUUCGAGAUGCGAAACACUUCACUGGACCUUAUGAUACGUCUGUUAUCACUGCUGUUGUUGCUGCUGAACACCACCGCGAGACGAGAGCUGAUGAGAGACGACGUGAAAGACAGCAGGACGCCAAAUACGAUGAUUACGAUUCAAAACCUCGUGAUGCGACUCCCGCAAAAGAUCCCAUUCAAGAGGAAGCCGACAGAGCGUACCGAGAGAUUGUCAUGGCCCGGAAAAUUGCAUCUCAAGUCAUUCGUUCUCGCAGUCCAUCUCCUGAUCCCUCGGUUGUACACAAAUAUGAGAAUAAGGAUCAGGAGCAAGAGGUUAUUCGAAUUGUCACCCCGCCUGGUAUGGAAGAGCAUAAAGGCAAAGGCCCGUAUGAUGCACCAAAUGCCGACUUCCGCCUGGAUCACGUAUUAGAGCAUCCAAGAGACCUAGAAACUUUCAACAUUCCUUCCUUCAGUCUGAGCCGUUCGAAUACAGAACUCGCCUAUCUAGUGCGCGACCCUGACGCUUCAAAACCUCGGCCACUUCUAAACCUCGUUCGCCCAACUCCAACCCCAUCGCCUCUACCUGAAAAGCAACUUGCUCGUUCCGAUUCAAGUCGCAAGACCAAGUCAAAGGACCGCGAGUCCUCAAAGCGCUCAUCAUCGUCGGAUAUUGUCAUUGGGCCGAAGGGCAAUAUCAUCGCUUCUCCAACGGCAUCAGCUGUCUCCAAGGGAGUUACAUGGGGCGAGAACGAAACCAAGCACUACGAGGUAGAAAGCCCGUCUGAGCAUCGCGAUGAGUUCGUUUCGAAUGUGGAAGUGAAGCCCAGUGACGGUUCUAUCGAAUCUGCUAUUCCGAAGGGGGGUAAGGGAUGGGGUGCUAUCGCUGCCGGGAUCAUCGGAGCUGGCGUAGGAGCGACUGCCGCAAGCGAAAUAUCCAAGUCAUCGAAGUCUCAUGAGGGCUCCAGACCGGCUCCUUACGAAUACCGUGGUGUCGUAGUAGAGCCCGAGAGUCCGACGCGGGGAGAGGAGUAUCGUGGCGUAAUCAUUGAACCAGAAAGUCCACCACGAAAGCAGAGACAAAGAAGCCCGCCAUCUCCUGGUCCAAAGCCGACAAUGCCUCAAAGCCCUCGCAGUUCCCAAAUGCCAGGUGCUUUUGAUGAUGAUCUGGACUUCACAGCAACAGUUGCAGCUGGACUCCAAGAUACUGGCUUUGACCCUAACAUUGUGAUAGACGACCCAACAUUCCGCAGGCGAGAUUCGCCACCUGGCUCAAAUGAUCACAAAUUUUAUCAAGCUCCAUUUGCUGAGACUGUCACUGAUCUCGGAAUGAACCCAUCUGAGAUCUCGAGGACUAGAGGCACGGAAGGAUUCAUCAUUGGAGAGGUUGCUUCAACACCCAAGGAUUGGCCAGUUGUUUCGCCAAUUGAGGACGUCGAUUCUCACAGCAAGCUCAGCAAGAAGGAGCAAAAGAAACGCGACAAGGCCGCAAAGCGACAAGGCGGGGUUUCAACUCCAAUUGAAGAGCCAAUUGUGUCCCGGGAAGUCACUACGACAGAGCCCGAGUCUUAUUUUGAGGCACCGUUGAGCAAGAAAGAACAAAAGAAACGUGAUAAAGCAGCAAAACGACAAGGCAGCCAAGUUGAAGAUGCCCCCCCAGUCUCAGAACCGUCGGUUGCAGCAGAGAUCGUGCAAGAGCCUGAAAGCUACUUCGAAACCCCCAAGAAGUCUAAGAAGACCAAGGGGGCGUUUGCUUAUGACGAUCUUGUUGGCGAAUUGCCUCGUGAACGCACUGUCUCUGUGCCGGUUGAUGCGUUUGAUGACUUGCAAAAUGGGCAAGAUGAAUGGGCGGACAGCUCGAAAAAGUCAAAAAAGAAAUCGAAGCGCGAUAGUGAACAUUACGAGUCACCCGCCAUAUCUGCCCCCAUUGAAAUUACGUCUGAAUUGGAACGUGCGAGUAGCAAGAAGUCAAAACGUGACAGUGAUCGAUAUGAAUCUCCAGCUAGGUCAGCGCCAUCGUCAGAAAUUUCGUCCUCGAGCAAAAAAUCUAAAGAGAAGUCAAGUCGACGAAGUGGUCAGUUUGACUAUGAUCCAACUGAUGUUGCCCUUCCAGCUAGUGGUGCAAAUUCCGAGAUCUCUUCAGUGAGCAGAAAAUCGAAGGAGAAAUCGAGUCGCAGAAGUGAGCAGUACGAAUUUGACCCGACAGAGGUUUCUCUUCCACCAAGUACACCUUCCGAAACUAGUCGAGACGGGGAUUUUGAAGAUGCUCGGAAUACGCGGAGAUCCUCCACGAGGGACAGCGGCAUCUUCAACAGCGAAGACCGCGGGGAAUCCCGAUCCAUUGUCUCCACUGGGACGCCACGAUAUGACGACCCAGAGCCUCGGAAGAAGAAGAAAUCAAGAAGUGGUACGAGUGACUAUGACGACACGAGGUCGGUUACCUCUGCUCCAGCCGGCGACGACUAUGACGAGAAGAAGGGUAAGAAGAAGGACAAGAAGGGUGGUGGCAUCUUCUCUGGCCUUUUCGGCUCGAAGUCCGAGUCGGGGAUUAGGGAUGAAAGUCCCAAGCGUUCCAAGGACGACUUCGAGGAUGUCAAAAAGAAGAGCAAGAAAUCGAAGAGAAGUUCUGUCCCAGAUUCAUCCAGCAUAUACGGAGAUAUGGGAUCUGUCUCUGUCAAUGACCUUUCACGAACUGUUUCCAAUAGUCAUAGCCACGACAAUGGCUCGUAUGCAUAUGACGACGGAAAUGAUGACGCGCUCCCCAGUGAUGGAGAGAAGAGGAAGAAGACCCGUUCAAGAUCUGAAAGCACAUCAUCCAAAAAGGAUUCUUUUUUAGAUAAAGCCGGCACCCUUGGCGCGGGUGUCGGCCUUGCCGGUGUCACUGUUGCUGCAAUCACCGCUCAACAUCACUACCAGCAAUCGAAUGCCGAGAAUGCUAAUGGCAGCACGGCCAUAGAGCGAACUGUAUCCAGAGGCUCUGACCAGCUAUUAGGCCGGGAUGAGAUCCUAGAUCCUGAAAUCACACAGCGACAGUUCAGGCCUUCAAUCGAUCCUCAAUAUGGCGACCUUUUACCUCUGCCGCCAAGCGAUCCUGCUUCACCUAACGCUGAACCACUUGAUGACCUACCAAUCCUACCUGAUAGCCGCCCAGAUACGCCAGAGUCUGAGCGGCUAGCCAGAGAGAAGAUCAGAAACGCUGUUCGCAGGAACGUGCAAGAUACGCCAAUGAAAUCUCCGAGUCAGAGUCAAGUUCCGUUGAUCUUUAAGAUGGGGGGGAACAGAUCCAUUCCUUCUUCGCCUAGCACAAAUCGUGCAUCCCCGCUACCAUCACCUGCAAAUCCUGGCCAAGAAUCACUUGGACUUCAAAGACAUCGGUCUCGACCGACGUCCUGGGAUAACUCGAAAGAGUUCAAGCCCUUGUACCUUGUAGAAAGUACACGACGAGGCUCCAAUGUUCAGCUUGCAGAUGAUGAGCCUCUUCCCGAACUACCGCCCAGUCAACGAACAUCCAGGAGUUCAUCUCAACUUGAUCGCUCAGAAGAGUCUCAUUCUGGUAUACAAGAUCGUGGAUUUGAACCAUUAUCCAUCAAUACGACUCUCGCCUCUGCCCCUGGCUCGGCAGAUUUACUUGGAUCUGGACAAUCCACACCAAAAGCAAAUGUGCCACGAGGUUUUGACGACAUUCUGGAGACUCCAAAGCACUUUCAGUUGUCCGAUGCCGUUACUGAAGACGCCACCCAACAUGAAGGGCCGGUAAAAAGUGCGCAUUCCAGCUCUCUCAAAGAGGAUGCAGUAAAAAUGACUGUUGCUGCCGGACUUAUUUCCAGUAUUGGUUACUUUGCCUCAACUCACACCCACCCCAAGACAAAUGAAUCAUGGCUUGACAAGUUGCCUUCUGCAAAAGAUCAACAGCCGCCAAGGGAUGUGUCUGAUGCAGCUUCUCAAGUGUCACCCAUGGAGAAUUUGCUGUCAGGAGAGUCUCGCCCAUCAUCCGUUGAUCCUGUGAGCAAAGACAGGAGCUCAUACCUUCUCCAGUCUUCACCCAUGUCCAAGAAAUCCGGCGACACGAACCUCAAUGAUCGAAAUAUAGGUUCUCCAAUUAGCAGACAAAACCUACAGUCGGAUAGAGACGCACUUAAUAGCAUCCAGGAGAGAUUCGACGAUGUUGGAGCGAUUGAAUCAGCAUACGAUGUCAGCGAAGAUCGGAAGAGAACGCUCGAAACCCUUUCUGGCUUGAGGGACGACUUGAUCCCGCAGCCUCCAUCCCGUGAUAUCGAGGAGCCGAGCGAUGAGUUUACCUCGUCAAAGAAGUCCAAAAAAGACAAGAAAAAGGACAAGAAAAACAAGGGAUUGUCACGUUCUGAUGCGAAUGAUGACAUCUCGCUUCCUGAGCUUCGGGCUGCAUCUAUUCCGGAUGUGACCCUACCCAUUGAGUCCGAGCCUGCCGAGGACUUCUUCUAUUCUUCCAAGUCUAAAAAAGACAGGAAAUCUAAAAAGAAGAACAAGUCCACGCUCUGGGAUGAAAACGAGCCCCUUCCACAACAGACCAGCGAGCCUUCGAUGCCAAUCGGCACGGACGAGCCCGAAUCAGACACUUUCUUUGAUGCUGAGCAAGGGCUUCCCGAGACCAUAAGGUCCGAAGAAAUCGCUGUCCAGAACGACGAUAUCUUGAAAUUAAAGGGCCAGAAAGGCAAGAAAGACAAGAAGAAGAACUCGGCUUUUGCCUGGGAGCCUGAAGCGAGUGAGAUGCGAUCUGAGGCAAUUAACCCUGCUCAAAUUCCUAGUGAUAGGCCAAAGUCCUGCGAUGUUCAGCAAGAUCUGGAUCAAGUCCAACCCAGUGCUGAACUUGUCACUCCUGUCGUCGAAGGCCAUGAUGAGAAGUCGUUGGUUUCCCAUUUCCAGGACUCUGACCGCGGACCAGAAAUGAAAGAAGAGAAAGCGCUUGACCCGAGCCAAUUCAUAGAGGAGAAAUUAACGCCACACAUAUCAACGGAGGAGCAUUUUGACGAGCUUCCUUCGUCCAAGAAAAAGGGCAAAAACGACAAGCGGAAGUCGAAAGCCGUAUCUGACUGGAAUGUGCCAGCAGAGAAAGAAGGACUGCAGCAAACAUCAGAACCAUUGUCCGGCGUCAUAUCCGAUUUCGUGUCCGCGCCCGUGGAGGCCCAUCUAGCCGAGGAGAUUUUCUCUUCAAAAUCCAAGAAGGACAAGAAGAAGGAUAAGAAGAAAGCGAAGGGAACUGCCUGGGAAGCUGAGCAGGAUCCCACGCCACAAGUUGACCCAAUUCUCAGUGGAUCCAGCCAAGACACGGCAGGAGAAAGUUCUGCCCUCAACGAUACCCCUCAAUUCGAUGACUUCUCUACCCCAAAGUCCAAGAGCAAGAAGGGCAAGAAGUCGAAAGUCACUUCUUGGGAGUCAGCAAUCGAUACACCGACUGCAAACGACUUGCCAACCUCGGCUGAGGAAAAUCGAGAAGCAGACCACGACAUGUCGGUAGCAGCUACAGAGUCUCAAAGCAUUAACGAAUUCACUUCCGUGUCGAGGAAAGACAAGAAAACGAAGCAAAAGAACACAUCACUGUCUGUAUGGGACGGCGAAUUGGAGAGUGAUUUGCCAGUAGCCACCGUUUCCGUUUCCGAGAGCGGUCCCGAUACCCAAGAUACUGCAGAAGGAUUGUUUGAAGAAUCUUCUUCUUCCAAACAGAAAGAUCGGAAGAGAGACAAGAAAAAGAGCAAAUCAGUCCUGGGUUGGGAGCCAGACUUAAAUGAAGCCGAGACACAACCGGCUUUGAGGCUUUCAAUGGAUGAUACGCCGGCAUUUGCUCAAGAGUCUUCAUCCUCCUUAGAUUUGACCCAUCUCUCUGCCAGUCAUGAGGAGAAACAGGAGUCUACGAUUACUGACCUUCCACAAGGCGCACAACAAGAGCUAGAGCAACCCUUGCCAGAACCCGCAAUUUCCUCAACCCCGGCGACCCAUGACAUCGACAACAAUGCCUUGAGCAAAAUUGAAUGCAGCGACUUACCUCCAGAUACCACAUCUCAAAAAUCCCACCCCGAGGCUGGCGACCAUAUCCCUCUCAAUGACGAAUUAGAAUCGUCUAAGACCAAGCAGUCUAAAAACAAGGGCAAGUCCUCUAUGAAUUGGGCGGAUGAAGUCGAGUCCAGCUUACUGGAGUCUGCACAAAUUGACAAUGACCAAGCACCAAUUCCUGACGCAGCUCUUAUUGACGACUUCAACUUCGCGGAAACCAAAAAGGGCAAGAAGAAGAAGAAGAACAAGUCGACUCCCGUUUGGGAACAUGACCAGGAAAGCACUGCGGCGCAAAGCUCCGUGGAAGUCGAAACGCCUGUAUUCAACAGCGCUGUAUCGGAGAUAGACAAGCAGAGUCGCAGGAAAACUCAGCAAUGGGACGAGCCUGAAAUAAUGCAGGAGCAAGCUCCAGUGUCUGAAACCGUCAGAAGUGUCGACACAGAAGUAUUUGAUGAUUUCACGGCAUCAUCUACCAAGAAGGGUAAGAAAAAGUCCAAAAAGACUCGUCCAUUUGGCGGUGAUAUUGAUGAAAGAGAAAACCUUGAGGAGGUUGCAACAUCUAGCGACGCCAUAGGCCUAUUGCCCGGACCAGAAACCCCAUUGUCAAGACCCACCCCUCUCGGUGGACCUGGAGGUUGGCCAAUCACCCCUGCAACUCCCCUGACUGGCGGUGAACAGCCCAGCGGUGAAGUACCAAGCUCAAGUAGCAAGGGCUACUUUCCAGCAGCUGCAGCAGCUGUUAGUGCUGCCAUCUUCGGCUCGAAACUUUCUCAAAAUGAUUCUUCUUCAUCCACGAAAAAGAUCCCCAUGAAUGAUCCAGAUUCGACCUCUGUUGGCACUGAUGAGCCACUGAAAAUAGAGACUGAGUCUAGACCACUUCCCGAUGGCUUGGCUGCUGGUUAUGAUAAUGAUCAAAUCAGUCUCGCUAGACAAUUGCAGGAAGAGUUUGGCAAGAAAUCAUCAAAAAAGGACAAGAAAAAGAGGCAGAGCUUACCGUCAACGCCAGCUGUACUACCUUCAAGAUCUAGAGGCCUUGACGACGAUACCGGAGGUCAUCCGCGUGCCCGUAGCCUCUCCAUUGGACCUGCAGCUGAUCGUUCCGCCAUGAGUCCGACCACCAAUCAGCGUAAGAACGUUUACAGUGAAGACCAGCUUGAGCUUGCUCGACAACUUAAGGCGGAUUUUGAGUCUGGAAGCAAGAAAUCUAAGAACAAGAAGGGGAAGAAAGGUCGUUCAACUCAAGAUGACGACCUAUAUGACAAAGACUUUGAGCCUGAUAUGGCUCAGACUUUCGACGACCCAGUUGCUGCCACAGGGGAAAAUGCCACAGUAGCUGAAAGUUCAGAUGCCGGGAAGCCGGAUGGUUUUGCUGCUGGGUAUCAAGAAGACCAGCUGUCUCUUGCACGCCAAUUGCAAGCCGAUUUUGCCAAAAAGGCUUCGAAGAAAGAUAAUAAACGUCGAAGCACGUCACAGACGCCGGCAGAGCAUGUACCAUGGAUCGAUACCAUCGCAAAUCAGAGCCAAUUCUCUAGCUUGGAUCCAUUGUUAGGCGGUGACAUUGCUGCUCUGCCUGAAGCGGCUGUUCACGAAGACCCGCCACUACGCGAUGGUCUUGAUGUCGGCUACAACACCGAUCAACUAGAGCUGGCCCGUCAAUUGAAGGAAGAAUUCGGUUCUGGUUCUAAGAAGAAAAGUAAAGACAAAACGGCCAAAAAGCGUGGCAGCCUAGUUCAAACCAACAACGAAGAUGACCACUCAUCUGAUCCGAAUGCUGGUAGUUGGGAUGACCAACCAGCUUUCGACGCCCUGACGCAAGAUCUCGAAUCGUCUCCGAAUGCUGAUGCCGACUUUGCUGCCAUUGGGAAGAAAUCAAAAGGCAAAAAGGAGAAGAAGUCCAAACGUGGCAGCUUUCUGCCAAGCACUCCAGAUGACGUGUUGCCAUCAGGAUCUGGUUUCGAGAAGCCUGCCUUAUCACAUUCGGACGGUGCGGGCGCUGUUUUCACUGAAGAGCAGCCCACCGAACCGGCAUCUACAGAAGUAGAGGAUGAAUUUGCUCCGAUUGGCAAGAAAGACAAGAAAUCGAAGAAGGGCACAAAGCGGGGCAGCCUUCUCCGAAGUACGAUUGACGAUGAAUCCUCGGACAUAUCUGCCAAGCAAGAUGAGACCUCAUAUGACGCCACUGAGGACAAGUCAAGCAAGACACAGGCCACGGAAUCUCCUGCUGCAGAGCUGGACGAAGGUUUUGAAUUCUCUACUAAGAAAACGAAAAAAGACAAGAAAAAGCGCCAAAGCUCGCCAGCCGUUGAGGACUUCUUCGACCCAUCUUAUGAUAGGCAACUAGUGCCGAACGCCGAGUUGUCGAAUGUCGAUACUGCGGAUGCAUCAUGUACAAAAGUAGUUGGCGACCCAAACGAUGAUUUUGGGUUCCCUCUGUCGAACAAGGACAAGAAAAACAAGCGUGGCAGCUUACUGAGAAACGAAUCGUUCAAUAUUAAUUCCGAGGGCCAGUCCGACGAACUUGGGGAAGAGGAGAGUAAAAGAGAUGCCUCUCUCAACCUAGUCAUUGAUGAGCAGCAAGACAACUUCGACAUUUCGCCUUCAAAGAAGUCUAAAAAGGACAAAAAUAAAAGAGGCACUCUACUUCGCAAUGAAUCUUUCAAUGCCCAUGCCGAGGGCCAGGUCGAGAGCAGCGACGGCCAAUCUAAGUCUAGCAAUGAUCGCGUCUUCGAUGAAGCUGCCAUUGCUACGCCAAUCGACGAGGAACAGCAAGACGACUUCGAUUUCUUGUCUACAUCAUCAAAGAAGAAGCGAGGAAGGCUGCGAACGAGUGCCACACUCAAAGAUGUCUCGGAACCUCAAGUACGGGAUCCAGUCUUACAGUCCGAGGCUGACACCACGGACAAGGACGGAGCAGCACCUUCAGCACUGAACCGUGAUGUCCAAUCAGUUGAAUUUGCGACCAAGCCCAGAAAGACUGGUAAAGACAAGAAUAAUCGCAAAAGUACCCGGCAGACAUUCGAUGCAGAAGACUCUUUCAAGAACUCGGACGAUCCCUCAUCCUCCAGAAAUCUAGACCUAGUUUUUGGGAUCGCCACGUCAGAAAAUCAAAACCAAGCCUCGCCCGAUGAGCCCUCUUCUGAGCCAGCCACUACCCGUGUACCUGAAGAGGAGAAUGUUUCCAGCCAGACUGCGUCUCAGACAGAGAACGAGAAACCAGAAGACGCUUUCGGAGACUUUGCAUUCACCAAGAAGUCGAAGAAAAAGGAUAAGAAGCCGAAAGGUUUUGGGAAGACUGUUCUUGAGGACGAGUCGAGGUUUUCCACGCCUCCACUAGAUCCAUCUUCCGAGUCAAAAACUGCUGAUGAGGCGUCCCGGCCAACGAAGCAUGCGUCGGAAAUCUUUCCUUUAGGUGGUGAUGAGGAACAGUUUGUCAAUUCUUCCCUCGCUCCAGCUGCUGACAAGCCCGUGGAUAAUUGGGAUGACUUCUCAACCAAGAAAUCGAAGAAGAAGAAUCGCAAGGACUCGUCCAAACUGGAUUCGGAGAGAGUUUUCAUACCGUCUGAGCCCAUUUUGGAACCUUCGAAGGACGUCGCGCUGACUCCUUUGCCCUUAGAUCAAAUCGCAGGAGACAGUGAAAUGCCCGAACCUAGAGAAGUGGAAUCAACAACGACAACUGCUCUGAAGGAUGGCGAUGGCCUAGCGGACGAAUGGAGCUCUUUCACUGUCAAGCAAACCAGUAAAAAGGACAAGAAGAAGCAAAAAGCUUCCUCCCAAACUGGUUCCACUCCUUCUGGAAAUUCAAACCCAUUGGAUAUGGAUUCGGAGCCAAGCCAAUUUCCUUCAGCCACCAUUUUUCCAGAUGACAUCAGAACAGAGUCAUUCAACAGUGAAACUCCCCAAUCUCAAUUGUCCGACGGGAUGAAGGCUAUAGCCACCAAAGAAAUGGAAAUGGAAGAACCAGUUGAUGCCGUGGCCUCGUUUCCAUCAAAGAAGUCCAAAAAAGGGAAGAAGGACAGGAAGUCUGCGACUUCAACCCCGGUUGAGUUGGUGAUCUCACCGUUAGCUGUAGAUGUCUCUAUUCACGAAGGAGACAAGUCGACCUCCACCAGCUCACAGGAGGUCAACAUUUCAGAGGACGAUUGGGGCGCGGUUCCAUCCAAAAAGUCCAAAAAGGCUAGAAAAUCGAAUAAAUCGGGUCACUCCACACCGAUCGAAGAGAUGUUGACUGCAGUAUCAGAGCAUAGUUCUAUAGACGAGUUCAAAAAAUCGCCGUCGCUAACAGAGCCUGUCCCAGCAAUUUUGAAAGAAGCCACUGAAAGUUCCAAGGAAGUCCAGGAAGAUCCUGUCUCUAAUUUAGAUGACAAAUUUAUCAUUCCUGACCCCGCCGAUGAAUGGGGAUCGGUACCAGCUAAGAGGUCCAAGGACAAGAAGAAAAAGCGUGGUUCUGGGAUUUCCACGCCAUUUGAAGACAUAUCACCUCCAGUUUCCGAGCAGCCCGGCUCAGCAGAUUUUAGCCAAUCUUCGACACAGCGGGACCUCGAUCUGGAUGGCACUGACAAGACUGGACCACCUAUCGAGGAAACAGUUACCGUAGAAGAACAAGGUGAAGAUUGGGAUGACUUGUCUUCGAAAAAAUCCGAGAAGAAAAAGGACAAAAAACAGAAGCAUUCCGGUCUUUUCUCCCCUUUAGAAGAUGCGCUACCUCAUGGUCAAGAAGCGGAUGAUGUAAGCCAACUUGUCAUGCCAAUCGAGUCAGAAGAAGCUGCGGCGCAAGUUGAGAAAUCCACGAAAGAAAACGGUGCAAGUGAAGCCCAAGAUGACGAGGAAUGGGCAACUUUCUCUGUCAAGCCAGCCAAGAAGGAUCGGAAGAAGCAAAAAUCUGGCCUCUCAACGCCCGUGGAAGAAGUUUCCAAUCCCAAAGUAGAUAAGAAGCCUGUCGAAACUGGCGAGUCGUCAGAGCCAGUCAUCGCUUCGGCAGAGGAUACCGUGCAGGCUGAGAAGCUCCACCACGUUCAGACAAUAGAGGUGCUCAAGGAUCAAACGGAUGAUUUGGGAGCAUUCUCUGUGAAAUCCUCCAAGAAAGGCAAAGGGGAGAAAACCAAGCGGAGCUUGGGUCUAUCUACACCAGUCGAGCAAUCGGUCCUACCAAUAUUAGAACAGUCCACUCUCGAGUCCGACGUUCCUUCAAUUCAGCCAGCAUCGUCAGAACAAGCAUCCAUCGAUCUGAUCGGGCCACUCACCUAUGCGGAGACGAGAGAACCCGUAGUGGACAAUAGUGAUAAAUGGGGUAUGGAGUCUGUCAAGCCGUCGAACAGCAAAAUGAACCACAUGUCUAGGCUUUCAACGCCUAUUGAUGCAUUGUUGACACAGGAUGAGCCUGAGCCCCUUUCUGCCGACCCCAUUCAAGCCACAGCUUCACCUAGCAUGCCAGAAGACCUUGGCCCUGGACAGACCUUCGAAGCCAUGGACGAACAAGAUGAAUGGAGGACUUUCUCGGCACCCAAAUCAAAGAAGGAUAAGAAAAAGUCGCGUCAAUCGGGCAUGUCGACACCAGUCAAAGAGCCAGUGUCUGACCUCCAGCCUGAGUUGUCAGCCGAAUCAAAGCAAAAUGUAGCCGACCGUGCAGGACCCGUGGAAACACAUAGCCAUGACAAAGUGGAAAAUCGUCCACAUGACCAGGCAGACGAGUGGACUUUACCCUUAAAGAAGUCCAAGGAUAAGAAAAGGCAGUCUUCCCAGCCGACAACACCUGUCGAGGAGCCUUAUCUGUCCAUUACUCAAGGAGCUCCAUUGGAAUUGAUAGAGCCGCUCGAUGCUGUGUCAAAUGAAGCCCUGAGCUCUACACAUGGCGUGGUAAAAGAUACUGGUGAAGGGGAGCACGAAGAUGAUUGGGGAAGUUUCUCCAAAAAGAAGAAGAAGAAGGACAAAAAGAAGGCAGGGUUCUCAACACCAGUUGAAGCAUUACUACCGCUUACCGAUAGCCAAACUUCCUCAACAUCUGUCCAGCAAGUUGAGGCUGCAUCAGAAAAGGUGGAUCCCAGUGAAGAGACGACGAUCAAAUUCGAGAGUCAAGUAGAUGAUGACUGGAAUUCUUUCUCGACGAAGAAAGGAAAGAAGGAUAAGAAAGGCAAGAAAAUAAAGUCCGGUCUAUCAACGCCAGCUGAACAAGUCUCGACGACCUUACCCAAGCAAGAAAAUCUGGUUCCCACGGAACAGACAAGUGGCGCAGAACAGAUCCUGCAAAAUUUGGAGGAGUCACCGAGCCGUGGUCUGGAGCAAGAUUUGGGACCCAGUGAAAAUUCAGCUGCCGACUGGGCCUUUUCAUCAGAGAAGAAGUCGAAAAAGGACAAGAAGCGCGAAUCCGGCAUCUCGACGCCAAUCGACGACUCGCAAGUUCUCGAUGAAGUACCCAGUCCGUUAGACAACACAAGCACACAAGCCAACAUUGCUGACUCCAGGAGCAAGGAAAUUGAUCUCCCAGCUCAUGACGCCGAUGCCAAGGACCAGACUCCCUCCUUCACAGAAUUGGAAGAUGCAGCCAAGGACGAAACUCUACCUGAGGAAGAUUCCUUCGGAUUCGUCUCCAAGAAAUCCAAGAAAUCGAAAAAGGAAAUGCGGAAGUCAGGCUAUUCUACGCCAAUCGACGAAGAGCAAGUUCUUGAUGCGCCUAAUCCAGCGGUUGCCGCCAGUCAGUUCAGGAACUUCGGCAUCAAGGAUCAAGACGAAUCUCACUCCAAACCUUCAUCUGUUAUGGACCAUGAUAUACUCCAACAGCCACCGGAGGAGAUUUUUGAUUCGGCUCCUAAGAAGUCCAAGGACAAAGAGGCCAAGAAAAGAUCCCGUGCUCGUUCGGAGAGUGGACCCACUCUUGAACAGCAAGAACUCAAUGCGGAUGAUAUGCCACGACCUACCAGCCUUGUCGCCCUGGAGCAUGAAGCAGAAGCGCAGAAUCUGUUCACCAGCGAUCUAUCCCGAAAGUUGUCCAAAAAGGAUAAGAGAAAGCGACAAGGAACAGUUGAUAUUGUGAGCGACAGCAAAGGACCAGUUCCCGCGCAAAUGACUUCCUGGGUAGAUGAAGUCGAAGAAGCAGAAGUAUUGAGAGCUCUUCCUGUAAUUCAGGAAAUUGCCAAGGACGAAUCUUUGUCUCACAUCGCGCCCACCGUCGAAGCAAAUCCUGACGACUUUGUACGCCCCAGCAAGAAAGGCAAGAAAGGGACGAAAAGAAACUCCGUCUCGACAGAUUCCACACCCGUGGCAGAGUCCCUUCAGCGAACUGAUAAUCGAGAUUUGCUUCACGACUCAUCAACUUCAAGUCAUAUUCCUGACAUGGUAGCAACCGGAGCUGCCAUUGCGAGCACCGCUCUCCUUGGUAAAGCAGCGACGUCCCACGAUGAUGGCGGUACAGCCAACAGCGGGUCAUCUUCAGGAGCGGCUCCACCAACAAGAAAACUUUCUAAGAAAGAAAAGAAAAAGAAGAGCAUCGAUCGCAGAGCACCGCGAGAGGAUGACAUAUUUGAUGACCCCGCACUCUGGGAAGGUGCCGAUCCAAAAAUACACGAAGAAGCAGAAGAGGGAGUCGACGAUGAUGACGGAUUCUGGUCUCCUCCUCAACAGGAGGAAGAGCCAGGCAUAUUUCAGGAAGCCAGUCAAGAAGACAAUACUGAGAAGGAACACCCAACUGCCAUGCCACCAAUAGAGGCUACCAAGUCAAUGUCCCCAACGGUUGGUACAUUGCCUAAGCCACAGUCCAGAGAUGGCCACGUCCUGAUGCAGGAAGAACCCAAUCCUGUCCACCACCGUCACCCUUCUUCAAGCCACGAUGUCACAGAGUCUCCUGACUUAUCAGGGCAAUUCCAACCGCUGAGUGAUCAUGCGGACGAGUUUAUUGUCUCAUCCAAGAAAAAAGACAGAAAAAAGAAGAGCAAGAGCAGUUCCAACGACUGGGAGUCUGAGACUUCACGAGAUCUAGAUGUGGCACCGCCAGUCAGCCAACUGUCCACUGUUCUUACACCAACGGUCAUUGACGCUCUUGUGGAUAGAGAAAUGCCGUCUGACCAGCAACCAGCUAGCCAAGAACACAUCUUCACGCCAACAAAAAAAUUGUUUGAGCAGCAACACAGCAACAAGGACACUCCUAGCCAAGAAAAUUUCGAGCUCGGUCAGUCCAGACCACAAAGCAGAUCUUUUCUUUCCAGAAUCUCGGACCUUCCAGUCGUGCACGAGGAAACCUCUACGCAAGUGGAGACCGAAGAAAGUCGUAUCCAUGAUGCGGAGGCAAACCGUGAUAGCGCUUUUGUUACUGGCUCUCCCAUUCCACCACAGCGUGGCUUUGCAGAUAAUCAUGAUCAUGUCCGUGAUAGCGGCGUGCAUCUACGCGACUUCUCGCCCGCCGAGAAAACGCGAGCUCCUGUCAAAUCUACUGAUGAGGCCCUUGCAAGACUAUCAUGGCCAUCAAUAGAUGAAGAAUCCGAGACUGUAAACCUAAAUACCGCUCAAAGAUCCAAAGAAACGAAGUACCACAUCGACGAACUACCAUCCACUGAGUCUCAUGAUUUCAAGCAGCCAAAGGGCGAGACAGCCACUGAUUUCUAUCGAGUGCAGAGAAUGACUCCUAUAAAGCAUUAUGAGGAAGAGACUUCAAGCCGAGACCUUCUCCCAUCUCAAAGAAACAAGGAGGAAAAGCACACAGAUCUUCAUCGAACGUCUACCAUCCAUGUGCCACGAAAGACAGAGGGACAGAGUCUGGUAAAGCAGCGUAUGCAGCAUUUUCAGCAAUUCGACACUCCAGACUUGUCUCGAUCUCCAAGACCCCAACUCUCUUCGUCUCGUUCAUCCGAGAGACUUAAAACUGAAAGACAAAGGGAGAGCUUUUCCGAAACUCCCUCCGUCCAAUCUCUCAAGAAGGUUCAAAGCGGGCGACCCAGGGACGAGAGCCACACGGAAGUUCCUUCUCUUCGGUCUCUCGAGAAGCACAGGGAUGAGAAACAGUCAGAAACCCCACCCAAGUUCGAACGACCGAAAGAGGCCAAAUAUCCUGAGCUCUCCUCAUCUCCAAGGCCGAAAGCUGAGCGGCCCUUGGGGAUAAGUGAGAUUGAAGCUGGCGCAGCCGUUGCGGGUGCAUCUCUAGGGUUUGCCGCCGCACGGAAACUCAGUCAGGAACAACGUCCUACCAGCGCGCAAAGCCAGAGAUCAACAUCGAAUUCCAAUAUCAACCGGCUCAGAACGCCAGACGCUAAGCGACCAGACAGUGUCACCAGCAACCGUUCUGGAACCCCACCACUCAGAAGGAGCGAUCGAAAGAGUGGGGACCUAAGGUUUCUCAGCCAACGGAGCAAGCCGGACCUCGCCAAAGAAGCUGAGCUUGCAACCUUAGAGACUCCAACUUCAACUCCAACUCCAGCAGUCAACACAGCAAACCCAACCGCAAACGAGGGCCGGGUCCGGGCCAAAGACAUGGCAGAUGUCUAUGAUGGCUUUGGUGAAGGCCGCAUGGGCUCACCACGAUCUCCGACUCGACCCCACUCCAUGCGCCGUCGACAAAGCAUGCAGGUCCUCGACCUCGAACAAAAGCUUGAACAAUUAGCUGCCGAAAACCGUAUGCUGGCUGAUGCAAAGGCUCAAGCUGAUCGCGCCUUGCACUCGAGCCAAAAUGCCCCGUCGGCCUUGGUCGAAAAGGAUGCUGAAAUCGACGGUCUCAAACGUACUCUCGAGUGGCUACAAAACGAAGUUACAAGGCUUUCCGAAGUCAAUGAGGGUCUGACAAGUGCGAAUAUGACCAUUGCGCGGCAGCAUGGAGACCAAUACGGGAUACUUGAAUCACAACACACGCAGACUGCGCGCGAACUCCAAGAGGUACGCGACGCACAUGAAAAUUUGUCGGCUGGUAUGGAGGGCAUCGUUAGGAACGAGGUUCAAAAUGCUGUAUCGGAUAAAGACCGCGAGAUAGCUCAGCUACGGGCUGAACUGGAUGCAGCCAAAGAGCAAAUUCGGGAUAUGCAAAGGCAGAUCCUUGCAUCCAAAGCCAACGACCUCGCAUUCCUCACCAUCAGAGACGAGGACUACUUCGACAAUGCGUGCCAACAACUGUGCCAGCACGUUCAACAAUGGGUUCUCCGAUUUUCGAAGUUCUCCGAUAUGCGAGCGUGCAGACUUACAAGCGAAAUCAACAAUGACAAAACAAUUGAUCGACUUGACAACGCAAUUCUGGACGGUUCGGAUGUCGACAAUUACCUCGCAGAUAGAGUCAAGCGUCGGGAUGUUUUCAUGUCGAUGACAAUGACAAUGGUGUGGGAAUUCAUAUUCACACGAUACCUUUUUGGCAUGGAUAGAGAGCAGAGGCAGAAGCUCAAAUCUUUGGAAAAGACGCUUUCCGAAGUUGGACCUGCAGCGGCAGUCCACCAGUGGCGCGCCACCACGCUUACCCUGUUGGCAAAGCGUGAAGCCUUCCGUGCACAGCGAGAGCAAGAUACCCAGGCAGUUGUGCAUGCAGUUCUUGAGACCUUAUCAGAGAUCCUUCCCCCACCAAGCCAUCUCGAGACACAAAUCGAGGAGCAGUUGACCAGGGUUAUGAAAGCUGCCGUUGAUCUUUCCAUUGAGAUGAGAUGCCAGCGCGCCGAAUAUAUGAUGCUCCCACCUCUGCAGCCAGAAUAUGAUGCCAAUGGGGACCUGGCGAGCAAAGUGUCUUUCAACGCGGCGCUGAUGAAUGAGCGUAGCGGGGACACCGUCUCCAAUGAAGAGCUUGAAGAACAAAAAGCAGUGGUGAGGAUUGUCCUUUUCCCACUGGUCGUCAAAAAGGGCGAUGACAGCGGAGAAGGCGACGAAGAAAUUGUGGUGUGCCCUGCACAGGUCUUGGUUGCAAAACCAAAGAAAUCAGUUAGGGUUCUGGCACCAGAGGGGAACAAUUCAAGGAUUUCGAUGCAGAGCUCAAUGCCUGCUGGCGAUAGCGUGAUUUAG